ACCGCCCAGGACACAGUCAACUACAAUUGCAAGUCAGUCGACUAUUCGGGCGUAAUGCGUACGCUGUCGCCAGACUACUCAAAUUUCCUGUUUCUUGAUGAUGGUUUCCGCUACGACCAUGAACACAAAACGUUUGAAGAGUUUGCCGCCAAAAUUGAACAGCGAAUAGCCCUACCGAUUCUGGAGGGCGGCUGGGCCAUUCCAACGGCAUUGGUUGUCAUUGGCGGUGACCAUGCGACCAUUGGGGCAAUCGCGGAGCGCAUCAAACUGGGCAUUCCGGUGAUUAUCCUCAAAGGCAGUGGCGGAAUUUGUGACGAUAUGGAGACAUUCGUGUCCUUUUGUAGACAGAACCGAGUAGCCAGUGGCUCUGGUGAUGAAGAUGGCGAUCUACUGCAACUUCUUCAGUACUCGCUGGGCGAGUACGACGAGCAGCUGUUGGCCCAAGCGGCGACCAAUUGCCGUGAGAUUGAGAGAAACGAGAGCCUGUUAACCUUCUGUGAUCUAGACGCUAAUGACGGUCUGGAUGUAGUGUUGGAAGCUCUACUACAUGUCUCCAAGGAUGCGAUGACCUCCCUGAGACUAACCCUGGAUUGGAACCGACCAGACCUCGCAAAAAUGGUCUUCAUGUCCGCUGCCUCACCGCCUUCACAAAAUGAUCUGGCAUUCCUCUUCACUGAGGCAGCUCUGCGGGAGGAUCAUGAAAUGUUGAAGAUGAUUCUAGAACAGAAGUUCGAUCUACAACAAUACCUCAAAGUUGAAGUUCUCCAGUAUUUGUAUCAGGUUGCUGUAAAUCGAAACAUCUUUGAACGCUCCUUAGUAGCCUUCAGAAUUAACACUAAUCCGAACGCCCGGCAACACUGUGUAAAGUACUAUGGUUCCACGGACGAAACGCUUCCACAAGAGUGCCCACCCGACGAGUCUCAACCGAUUGCCCACCUCGGAGAACCCCCCGAAAAGAAGAAUGGCACUAACAGAGGGUCCAACAUACGGCUUUAUCACGUCAAUCUGUUGAUGAAAAACCUAAUUGGACACUUUGACUGCGUCUACUAUGAGCUGACCUCGACGGUAUGUGUUUUAUCUUGUAGAUGA